AUGUCAACGCCGCCAACUCAAGGGAGCGCGAGGUUCCUGACGCGUCCAGCGCAUUACGUCUCCUCAGCUUCUUGGCUAUAUCCACUCAAGGGCUUAUACUACUUCGUACGACACCCAUUCCUCUGGCCGCUGCUGCGCGCCCGCCUGCUUCCUUGCUUCCUCCUCUCCAUCUUCGUCCUCGCGAACCUCUUCAUAUGGACCUACCUGCCGCAAGUUGCCUUCCUAGCCAUCUUCCACGGCCCAGCAGCAUGGCUGAACGGCACGUUCUUGGUCUUGGGUGAAGGCGCGGCUAUUGUGGCCCUACUAUUCGAGGCCUUUUUCGUGGAUGAGUCACAAGUGGACAUGUUUGAUGCUAUACUGGUCGAGAAGGGCUUCGAAGAUCUUGUCGCAACCACCAGACCGGUAAACCCGGACGCACCAAACUCACUCAAACGGCUCGGCAAACCUCGACGCUCGUCAGUAUACGCGCCUUUCUCGCUGCGGCAGAUCGUGGAGUUUAUCGUCUUGCUACCUUUGAACUUUAUACCCAUAGCUGGUGUGCCGCUGUUCCUGCUGCUGACAGGGUACCGGGCCGGGCCCUUCCACCACUGGCGAUAUUACAAGUUAUUGGGGCUUAAUAAGAAGGAGCGGAAUGCGUUUAUCGGGAAGAGGCGAUGGCAGUACAUGUGGUUUGGAACAGUAAGUUUGAUGCUGCAGCUCGUGCCAGUGCUCAGCAUGUUCUUCCUUCUCACUACUUCCACCGGAGCCGCUUUGUGGGCUGCCAGGCUUGAAGAAGAACGGCGAAUGGCGGGUGCCCAGCCGGCGCAACCUCCUGAGUAUGUCGAUGACCCCAUCUCAACACAUGAAGGCCGCUCCGUCCGCGCAAUCGUCUUCCAGCCACCGCGGCGCGGUGACCCCAACCGCCUCAGACCUCUCCAUGUCGAUAUCCACGGCGGAGCCUUCAUAGGUGGCAUCGCCGAGGCUAAUGCUGCUUUCUGCGCCCUCGUCUCGGACAGGACUGGAGCUGUUGUCGUCUCGACUGAACAUCGUGUUGCACCCAGGUACACCUUUCCUGCCGCCCAUGACGACGUUGACGAUGUGAUCAGCUUUCUACUUGAGAAUGCACAGUCUAUGUUUGGGGCGGAUCCGAAACUUCUCACUGUCUCGGGCUUCUCGGCUGGGUCUAAUCUUGCGCUCGCGGCGUCGCAACAGAAGGCUUGUCAGCCGCCGGCGGACACAGCUAUCAAGGCUUCGGUGACUUUUUACGCUCCAGUCGACCUUCGCCUCCCCCCACAACUGAAGCCAAAACCGCCCAACUUUCCCACACACGACCCCGCCACCUACCUCCUCCCCCUCUUCGACGCCUACGCCAGCCCCUCCCGCGCUGCAAAUCUCACCAACCCGCGCCUCAAUCCCAUUCUCGCGACCGCCGAGACCCUGCCCCGGGAUAUGUUGUUCAUUAUCCCGACCAUCGACAUCCUGCUGCAUGAGCAGCUGACGUUCGUCGAGAGGCUGAAGAGGGAGACAGAGGGGAGUGGCCGUAGGAUCGAGAAUCGGUUGGUUGAGGGGCAGUGGCAUGGGUGGGCGGAGUUGCCGGGGUGGGCGAUUGAUAAGGCGACGAGGGAUGAGGCGUUCGAUGCUGCGAUUGAGUUUUUGAGGGACGCGCAUCGGAAGUAUGGGUGGGAGUUAUAA